AUGCCACCAAAAUACCAGGAUGUCGUCGAGGAAUUGCACCGGCAAAGCGCGACUGCGGAAGAGAGAUUUGAAGAACUACAAUCGGCAAUCGUUGAGCUUACACAGCAAACUCACGAGUUUCAAGAACGCGUCGACAAUAAGCUUCAACGUGUAUUGGAUGCCAAUUCAACAGACAGCAAAUCGCCGAAUUCCACAAACAACAAUGAAAGCAACAUACCUUUGCCAUCCAACCUUGAUGGAAAUGCCCGCUCAUUGAAGAUCGGCGAUAUCGUGAACUUCAUUAAGGACCAUCAAACAACAGGCCAAGAAAGCAACGAUCAAGUGGUCAACGCGUUGAAGCAGGAAAUGGAAAGGAUCGUGAGAUAUGCAACUGAUGCUAUUAUUCACCACAUGCGACAAGAAACCGGAACCGAUGAGAUUCCAUCAUGGGGAAAGCUUGAUCAAAAGCGUCGUCGUGAACUCAGAGGUUUGGCCGCCGAGGGCAUUGUUACGGCUGGAAUCCCUGUCAAUCGAGCUACGGCAGAUUGGGUAAUGCAAUACGUGAUCUCCAAUCAUUGGCACAGCAAAAUCGGUCAUCGUAAUCGCACUCAGAGCCAACAACAGCACCAACGACAGAGCCAAACGAUUACAAACGAAGACGACUCGGCUCAAGAGGCGGGGGAGAUUACCCCUCUUCGAGAACGAGAUGAGAAUGUUGAACCUACACCGCGACACACAAGAUCCAAUAGCUUGCCACAGAAACGACGUGAUGUCAACAACCAAAACGAUCGUCGUACUAAACAGCGAUCUUCCACGCGCACAUCCAACCAUCACAGCAACACUGGUUAG